CUCCUCUCAACACAAACUUUACCUUUUCUUUCUAUUAUUUGGUCUGUCUGUGUCUGAUAGAGGAGCGUCUGUCUAUCUGAAUUCUCAACACAACGAAAACCCAACCACAAAAAAUCUCUCUGGUUUCAGAAAUUCAGAUCCAAAUUUUCAAUUUCAAUUAAAUAAAUCAAAACGUGGGAAACCAAAAGAGGACAGUCAGACUCAAGAUCCAAGACAUCGCCAUUCAUUUCUUUUUGUUUUUCCAUUUCUCUGCAUUCCAAGUUCAUAUCCAAAGCUUUCCUUUCUUGACAAAACCCCUAAAUCAAUUCCCAGCAUUCUACUUUCACGGUAAGAGUACAAUAAGAAUCAGUCGAAAUUUCUCCGAUGGCUAAUAACGGGUUGUCCAUUUGGUUCAAAAAGAAGGUCGUUGAUCCUCUCCACGAAAUCCUCCGCAGGGGUGCCGAACCUAAGCUGUUGGCGUUCUCUGCAGCUCUUGGCAUUACCUUGGGAGUAUUCCCAAUAUGUGGGACAACUGUGAUUCUGUGUGGGAUGGCUAUUGCAUCGCUGGGGUCGCAUUGCCAUGCUCCAACUGUGAUGCUGACUAAUGUCCUUGCUACACCGAUAGAACUGAGUUUAAUUGUACCUUUCUUGCGCUUUGGUGAAAUUAUUUCCGGUGGAGAUCAUUUUCCUUUAACUUCUGAUGCUUUCAAGAAAGUUUUAACUGGCCAAGCUUCGCGUGAGGUCUUAUUAAGUAUUGCGCAUGCGUUGUUGGGAUGGCUCGUUGCUGCUCCUUUAAUUUUUGCCGCACUGUACAUACUCUUUCUACCGUGUUUUAAGGUGUUGGUUCCCAAGUUCAGCACUGUUCCUUUAAGCCCAAAGAAAGCACUUUCACCCACAGAAGUCAGGCCUAAGGAAAACUGAUGCAUGUCAUGUCUCUCUAUUGAACUGCAUCAUCGGAUGUAUUGCUGUUCAAGACACCUCAUUCAUCGAAUGGGUUAUUGAAAUAUGUGUAUUUUCGGUGGGGACACAAGCUGCAAUUUCAAGUUGUUUCAGGAUUGAGCGAUAUUGCAAUAUAAAUAAAUAAAGUCUUUUUUUCAAAUAAAAGUUUAGAUGAUCAAGGAACUGUUACUUCCAAAGGAUUAGGAUACUGCCUGUUUUCUACUCACAUCCCUUUUGUUUUUUUGGUGCCUUUGACAAGUUAUUUGUUGGGAUCAUUUAAGUAAA